ACGGUUCUGGGCUGCAGACAACAAGUACGAUUCGCUUUUUCCCUCCACACCUCCAUCUUUGCACACAAUGGCGGCUGCAACGAUGUCGUCUUCCCCAAUAACCCAGGUCUCGCAGUUCCCAGCGCAGACAAAUCUCCAGCCGCAGCUUCUGACGAGACUCUUGCUCGACCUGCGCGGUAGGCGCUUCUCCGUGGACAGAGAGACUAUCAUGAACCUCCCCGAGUCUGUCCUUCUCUGUCUCUUUCCAAACGGGCUCGUCCUCAGCAGGCAGAGCGUCGCUCUCUCCGAUGGCGGAGACAACGAGGAGGACGAGGAGGUGUAUGGCGUAGAUUUUGAUCCAGAUUGCUUCGCCUACGUUCUCUCAUUUUUCCGAAAUGCGUCGGAUACGUUCUAUGGUACGGCUGCUACUCCUGGUUUAUUCCAAGCCCAGCAACACCUCCUCGACGGCUCGCCCUCUGACUUUGGGCCCUCUGCGUCUCAGAACCCUUUGCUCACGAAACAGGCUAUUAUCGUGCUCAGGGAAGAGCUAGAGUAUUUUGCGAUUCCUCCAAAGGAGGGAGAGGCUGGGACGGACGAGAAUGGUAUCGCGAACGAGGCGCUGCUCGAGAUCAAGCGGCGGUGCGGUAAAAACAUCAUGGAAAAGCGUAAUAUCUUCACGGCUCUUCAACGCAAUGUCCAUAAGGAAAACAAUAUCGCUGAACAACAUCUCAUCGACAUGUUGUGCAUGAGUGGGUUCAAUCGAGACGAUGAAUGGGGAUUCAGGGCUAUCGAACCUUCGCGGUGUUGCAUUUCUUCGAUAGCUUUGGUGCUACUCAAAACGGGUAUUAUUCACCACCCCGCAGGCCCGAACGGCGAGCGGCCGGUGACGAUCGACUACAAUCAAAUGGCAACUGCUCAAAAAUUGUUACUCUUCUGGAGAAAACCUGCUCGUAAAUGCUGGUGGGAUGGUUUGGAGGUAGAUGUAACGCAAACAGGAGAACCGGCGCAAAAUGUGAAGCUGUGGGCAAGGAGAGUCUGGACUCUCGAACUCAGUCUGGUUUGAUCAAGACGCAUAACGGACAUACAUUGGACCAUGUGAUCUUGUCUCUCAGAGUGUACCAGACCCUCACGUAUCGCGUAUCUCAUAUUUUCCUACUUCGAUGAUUGUCGUUCGUCUACUUGCACGCUCAUUCACCUCCUCGAUUAUUACACUUGGCAACUGAUACCCUUCUCGUCUUUGCAGAUUUCAAACUAAUUAUAUACGCACACACACAUAGGCAGUUUUACUAGCAGUACCGUUUGUACCAGCUGCAGGAAAUGCACAAUAUGUUACAUGGCAUUGAUGCAUGGACAGAAAUGAGGUGUAUUGGAUCGUGGUAGUUUUGCAACUAGAUGUUUUUGAAUUGUUUUAUUCGAUAUCUGUAUAUAUUAUAUUUAGGAGUUGGUGUC